CCGCAUUCCUUCUUUAGCUCUCAAACUUGGGCAUUCUUUAAACAAGAUAUCUAGCAUUGUUGAGAGCAAUGCCAUGAUGUAUGGAGAUCAUGAGCAUGCUGAGUGUGCCCGAGACUUCAGGAAAAUACACCAGGCAAGGUGGAAUGAGUACAUUUCUGCUGGUGCUAUAACUACAUUGAAAGAAGCCAAGUGGAACACACCACAGAUCAUUCCUUUCACUCAGGAUGUCAAAGUCCUGCACACACAUCUUGAAAAGAAACACAAUGAGCUCCUAAGUAAGCUCAGAUCUUGCCCUUCUGCUGACAGCUACGCUGCUCUAGCCAAGGUCACGCUGUCCCAGGUCAUCCUGUUCAACCGAAGGAGAGAAGGUGAGGUAUCCCGGAUGCUUUUGUCAGCUUUUAAAAGCAGGGAUUCUUCUGAGCUACACGAAGACAUUGCCAUCUGUCUGUCUGAGUUUGAGAGGAAGCUGUGUCUGCACUUCUCAAGAGUUGAGAUCCGUGGUAAACGAGGGAGAAAGGUUCCUGUGCUCCUCAAGCCUUCCAUGGUUUCUGCCAUGGAGCUGCUUGUUGAAACGCGUGAGCUUUGUGGUGUUCCAGCAGAGAAUCCCUUUAUGUUUGCUAGAUGUGGAGCAAUGUCUGCCUACAGAGGAGGAGAGUGCAUCAACAAAGCUGCUUGCGAAUGUGGCAUAAAGAACCCUGAUGCACUGUCAUCAACUAGGCUUAGGAAACACAUAGCAACCAUGUCUAAAAUUCUUAACCUUAAUGAGAAUGAAGCAGAUCAACUGGCUGAUUUCCUUGGUCACGAUAUCAGAAUCCACAGACAGUAUUAUCGGUUACCAGAGGGAACACUGCAGCUGGCAAAAAUGAGUAAAGUCCUAAUGGCCAUGGAGAAAGGAACACUGUCUGACUACAAAGGAAAGAAACUUGAUGACAUUGAAAUCGACCCAAAUGAGCAACUUGAGGCCCAAGGUGAUUCCAUGUCAAGUGAUGAGGAGGAUUCCAGUGACCUAUCUCAGACGACAGCACCAGCACCAGUACAGACUGAUCAACCUGUUCAAUCUGAACAAGCUGUUUCACAGGAGGAUCAAGGUUCUUCAAAUGCUCCAAAAAAGAAAUGGGAGGACAGUGAGGUAAAAGCAGUAGAGAGACACAUGAUGAGUUUCAUCAAGACAUGCAAAGUUCCUGGUAAGCAAGACUGUGAAAGAUGCAUUCACGCAGAGCCAGAAGCUUUGAAGCAGCGAACAUGGACUGGUGUGAAAAAUUAUGUGCGGAACAGGAUCACGACUCUUAAAAGAAAGGGUGGUUUGUAGGAAGGCACAAACACUUCAGCACUUUGCACAUUAUGCUCUUUUUGUAGGAAAUGGAGCUAAAUUAAAAGAAAUGAGGAUAAAGGUGUAGAAAUAUUUUGUGGAUGGAAUGAAACAGAAUAUAAAGUGAAAAGUUAGAGUAUAAGAAGGUUAAUGAAGAAGUAGAGGAUAGUAAGAGUCAAUUUUCUUUGUUCAGUUACAAUAUAGUUGGAUGAAAUGUCAUGUUAAACUUUUUGAUAUUUCUGUCAUAGAGGGAGGAGAGAAUGUAAAGAUGAUAAAAAAGGGAAGAGUGAAUAGCUGUGCUGGACAUGGGCUAUGGCUGGAUGUAACCGAUUGGUGAGAGUUAAUGUGUGCAGACGAGAGAAGCUGAAAACUGAGAUGUGAUGUCAGACACUUUCUGCUUCCUGUAGUGAUGCAGAGCCAGAAGCUUUGAAGCAGGGAACAUGGACUGGUGUGAAAAAUUAUGUGCGGAACAGGAUCACGACUCCUAAAAGAAAGGGUGGUUUGUAGGGAGGCACAAACACUUCAACACUUUGCACAUUAUGCUCUUUUCGUAAGAAAUGGAACUAAAUUAAAAGAAAUUAAGAUAAAGGUGUAGACAUUAAAAUUAAGAGACGCUCGCGCUGUUUGCAUACUUUACCACAGCUGAAGUAGAAAAAAUGCAUUAUUUUCCAAAUACACAGAUAUUUUGGAGACAUUUUCAUUCAAUACAUGCACUGCUUGAUACAGUGUCUGUUUGUACAAGAAUAAAGUUCAACAUAAGCCUAAAUACCAACGUAAAGAGGGAGGAGAGAAUGUAAAGGGGACGUAAAGUGGGAGGAGAGAAUGUAAAGGGGACGUAAAGAGGGAGGAGAGCAUGUAAAGAGGGAGGAGAGCAUGUAAAGAGGGAGGAGAGCAUGUAAAGGGUACGUAAAGAGGGAGGAGAGACAGCGACGCCCUUGCUGUGCCAUAAGGCAACAGAGUACAACUAGAGUGAUUGGAGAGCAGGAGGACUCAGAUAGAGCAGAUUCUCUAGAGCGACUCACGAGCUCUGAUGAUGACACAGCUAAUCCACGAUUGGCAGAGUACACCGCUUGACAACGAUCACGUGUGUUUCAUGUCUCUUCUCACACCUUCAGUUCCACUAAGGAUCACAUCUGUUCUUUAUAACAGUAAAAGCUCUUUUCACAUAGUUGCGAUAAAUGUUUAUCAAAAUAAAACAAAUAAAACAAUGUAGACCCCACUUCACUGGUAUUUAGGCUUAUUUUGAACUUUAUUCUUGUACAAACAGUAGUGCAUGUAUUGAAUGAAAAUGUCUCUGAAAUAUCUGUAUUUGGAAAAUAAUGCGUUUAUUCCACUUCAGCUGUGGUAAAGUAUGCAAACUUAGCCUGAGCAUCACUACAGGAAGCAGAAAGUGUCUGACAUCACAUCUCAGUUUUCAGCUUCUCUCGUCUGCACACGGCAACUCUCACCAAUCGGUAACAUCCAGCCACAGCCCAUGUCCAGCACAGCUAAUAUAAGGGAGGAAUAGAGGGAGUAAAUGUAAAGAGGAUAAAGAGAGGGAGGAGUAAAGCGGGUAAAAAGAGUGAGGAGUAGAGUUAAAUAGGAUAGAGAGAGGGAGGAGUGAAGAGGGAGGAGUAGAGUUAAAGAGGAUAGAGAGGGAGGAGUAAAGAGGGUAAAAAGAGGGAGGAGUAGAGUUAAAGAGGGAGGAAGUAAAGGAGGAAGUAGAGAGAUUUUGAAGAAGGGUGGAUGGAGGAAGUACAGAGGAUAGUUGGGCACUGAGAAUCAUUCCCACCUCCAAGUUAAUUGAUUUUUCAUUGUUGUUCUUUAAAAAAAAAAAUUUUUUUGAAGUUCUGUCAUUAACUGCAAUGUGCACUUUCAACACAAUGUGUCCAAGACUGUUAAUAUUAAAGAGUCAUUUAAUCGGAGUGUGUGUGUCACUCGAGUCCCCAAAGAGUCAUUUAAUCGGAGUGUGUGUGUCACUCGAG